AGAAUAGUAUUAUCUUCCUCACAAAAGAAUUAAAAAUAUCAAUUAGAAAACCGAGGAAAAGAAAGCAGACCGAGAGAAGUCCUUUUCAACCUUAUCGUCAAAGACCUUCUGGCACUAUCUCUGCAAUUCACCGACUCUGAUCUUCGGUUCAAUCAGCGACGACAUGGGUGGAAAUCCUGCCACUACCCAAGAGGCACCACUGCCUAAGAGGGUCCAGGAGCUUGCUUUGAGCGGCGAUGAACCACCAGCUAGGUUUAUCCGUAAAGAUUACAUCAACGACGAUGGGGCGGCCAUUGUUGAUGCAGUCUCGUAUUCAGUUCCUGUCGUUGAUCUCCGUCGCUUGUCAUCCUCCUCUUCAUCUCUCAACGACAAAGAAGAAGAGAUGGAGAAGCUAAGAUCUGCUCUUAGUUCAUGGGGACUAUUUCAGGUAGUUAACCACGGAAUUACAAGUUCUUUCCUUGAUGAGAUUCGUGAUGUUACGAAAGGAUUCUUUGAUCUUCCCAUGGAAGAGAAGCAAAAGUACGCCAGAGAGAAGCAGAGUUCAUCCACUAGCUCUGGUGAAGCCUACGGGACUGACGAUAUUAUUUCGGAGGAUCAGAUUAUUAACUGGUCUGAUCGGAUGUACCUCUUAAUACUCCCAAGAGAUCAGAGGAGAUUGGAAAUAUGGCCAGAGAAGCCUCAUGCUUUCAGAGAAACCUUGAAUGAGUAUGUCAUCAAGACAAGCUUGGUAGCUGAGCUCGUUCUCGAAGCCAUUGCGAAUACACUGGAUUUGGAAGAGAAUUACUUCAUGAACCAGUUAGAGGACCAGACUUUAGCAUUUGCCCGGUUUAACUACUAUCCUCCUUGUUCAAAGCCAAACCUUGUAUACGGACUUAAACCCCACACAGACGGAUCCAUGAUCACCAUUGUGUUGCAAGACAGAGAAGUGGAAGGCCUCCAAGUUUUAAAAGACCAAAAGUGGAUCAAAAUUCCGAUAAACCCUCAUGCUCUGCUGGUCAAUUUAGGGGAUCAGAUGGAGAUAAUGAGCAAUGGGAUUUUCAAGAGCUCCAUGCACAGGGUGAUGACAAAUUCAGAGAAGGCAAGAAUCUCUAUUGCUGCUUUCUAUUCACUACCAUUUGAGAAUGAGGUUGAACCAGCAGAUGCAUUGAUCAACGGAAGCAGACCCAGGUUGUAUAGGAGGGUGAAGGUCAAGGACUAUCUCGAAAUCUUCAACCAAAGAUACCUGCAGGGAAAGAGGGCAAUCGACUAUGUCGAAGCCUAACUUAUGAGUCUCAUAUAUCAUCUCUCAAGGUAAUUAGCUUUCAGAAAUAGUUGUGAUUUGGUUACAUCUCAAUGUAGUCAAAAUUGCACUAUUUUCAGUAAAGAUCAUCUGGUAUCCAAACAACAAAACAGAGGUGAGAGAACUAUUUCAGUAUUUUGGAACAUAAUUCAACUCAAGACUUGUUAAUGACUUGAAGAUGCAGAGGCAACAACUAGCCUUGCUCCUGAAACUCUAUACUACUGUCCUAGGAUUUUAAUGUCCUCCCAUGUGAAGAACCCUUGGUUAAUUUGUAAAGAAAUUCUGGCAAUUUCCUGUUUGAAAAUGUAAUCUCCAAAGAACUAAUUUUGAUUGCCAGAAAUUCUGGCAAUUUCUGGUAAUUUUCUGUUUCAGCAGCUUGUUGAAAUAUGAACUGUCAAAUUUGAACUUGUUUGCACCA